AUGUCGACACAAUCCGAUUUCCGUCGUAGCACCAUAUGUCUCAUCAAUCCCAUCACCAAUGGCACGUCGUGGAACGAACUCGACGCGGCCCGGACCGAUGGACCCACGUUCGAGAAACUGGUGAAACGUCUUCGGACACGGUCAGUGUAUACAGCCAGCGGUGCUACAAUUAUGGCGGCCAUUUUUGCACUAAUGGCUGCAAAUUGGCCUGCAUCUGUGGCACUUUGGACUGAUGCACUCCCAGCUCGUGCAAUUGUAUCUAUUGGGUUAUAUCUUGCUGCUUUUUGUAUGAUCACCGGCUUAAUUAACCAAUAUAAACUCGGACGUCUUUUCCAUUUGGGGCCUGAUGGUUUACAUACUCUCUCGGGAUCAGGCAAAUUGCUUGUUUUUUUUGUGUGUCAGUGCAUUACAUACGUACAUUGUUGGCUCGCUUCUGCACUCCUCCUCGUUAGUUUCUAUACCGGACUAGUACUCUGGUAUUCAUCACCAGAGGUCCUCGCUUGGGAGUUAGCAAUUACGAUAUACGUGGGAGUCGCUACUCUACUGGUCGUAGUACUUCACUUCUGGUCUCUUUCAUAUCCUCCGACUCCUGCUUUGCGUCUCGGCAUCUUGCGGCCGCUCGUCCGCAUCCUUUCUGUUUUAGUUCGUUCCUACAUCUUGAACCGCGUGAAGGACAUCGCUUCUUCCUCCGACCAUGUCUCCGUGGAUUUCGACCUUUCUUCAAAUGCGUCUUGGGCUUCAGGACUCCUCUCCACGAACCCUUACGCAGCAUAUUACGAGUCUGACAAUGUAUUGCUCGAGGUCGAGGGGAGUGACGAGGAGUAUCAAGAGUCGGGCGGGCUUUUGCUCAGUGCACACUGGGACUCUGUCAGUACCGCUCCUGGAGCGACAGAUGAUGGUAUGGGCGUGGUGACGCUGUUGAGCAUGGUGAAGUACUUUGCGGAGAACAGUCCCAGCCGGACGGUGGUGUUCAACAUCAAUAACGGCGAAGAGGACGGCUUGAAUGAAACGCACGUUUUCAUAGAGCAUCCGUGGGUCAAUAACACUGAUACCUUGAGCGUGCUGCGGCAGGAGGGUGAACGACGGCCACUACUUUUCCGAGCGACUUCUCGCGCUCCUCUGGCGUCCUGGAGCACUUCUCGUCCCCACGCAAACAUCAUCACCAGCGAUGCGUUUUCGCGUGGUGUUAUCCGCAGUGGUACAGACUACUCGGUUUAUGAGCAAGCCGGACUCAAGGGGCUAGAUUUUGCUUCCUACUGUGGGAGGAGCAGGUAUCAUACAAAGUACGACUCUAUCCCUGGUAUGUCCGGUGACAAGAGCAAAAACGCGUUAUGGGCAAUGAUGGAGGGAACGCUGUCCUCGAGUCUCGUGCUUGCAAACGAUAUCAAGGGCAAAACGAGGACAGAGUCCAUUGAACAAGGAAGUGAGCCAGUGCAUUUCGACCUCUUUGGUGCCGUUAUGAUCGUGUUGACAUUCCAAACUUUGCAGAUCGUGAACAUCAUCCUCCUUACCGUCGGGCCCGUCAUUCUCCUGAUGGUCACGUCUCGUAUUCGUUCUGGAUACUAUCGCACUGCAAAUGGUGAUACACACCGCGAGAGCUUUGUGGUGCGGGCAUCAGCGAAAAUAACACAUUUCCUCAAAGGCUUUUGGGUCUGGUCCAAAUUCUGGAUUGCUUUGUUGCUCGGUGUUGGCUUUCAGAUACUUUUAGUGGUAGGAUAUGCGAAGCUGAAUCCAUUCGUCAUUCAUACUCACCCUUGGCUUGUGCUUGUGUCUACAUUAUCGCUGGCUUAUCUCACAACAGUUCUCGCUCUCACCUUCCCACCGACGAAGCAUGGCGUCGUCCCUGCUCCAGAACAGCAAAAGCUGUCUAUCCUUCUCCAUCAGUAUGUUCUCACAUGGGUACCGCUCGUAUACACAACAUCAGCCGUCGCACUUGGGGGAACAUAUUUCAUAACUGCCUGGAACGCGGUGGUUCUCCUUGGCACCAUACUUGCGUGUGUGGAAGGCAUGGCCGGUGCUCGGGGAUAUGAAGACGAGGAAGAAAUUGGAAGGCAAAGGCGUCAGGUGCGAGGUGUGCACUACGAUGCCGUGGACACUGCCGAGAACGGCGACCAGCGCGUGGGCAUCAUUGAGGAAACUGAGCCGACAGAGAUUACACCUCUCAUCGCUCAGCAUGGCCAACCCACGCCAUCAGGUGAAGAGCAGAGCACUAUUGGCUGGUGGAUUGCCCAGCUUUUAGUUGUUGUUCCGCUGCCCGUUAUCCUAAUGUCUCAUAUCGCGGUCAUUUUGCUCCUUGCGAUGAAUCAGACGCGCAUAGAUGGAGCCAGUCCUUCUGGUGGUGAUUUAUGCAGCGGUCUCGAUGCUGGCCUGAAUGGUAUUAUUCUCAUCAUCUUCAUCCCACGCGACACACACAACUGUGUGGCCUUUGUGUCAUUCGCGCAUCGGCCCCGUGCAGCAGGUGGUGCCUUCUACGACUACACUUCUCGAUACGGCGCAGUCAGAGAAGACCGUAUCACCCUUCGAGAAAGUAUGUUUGGGGAGUACGACUUCCUGAAUAUCCAGCCGAAAGGUGGAAAGGUGAAGACUCCCGUUGAAAUUGCGCAGGACGAAGUGAAGAAGGGCAUCUUUGAGGACCUAACUUCGAGACUAGCUUUAUCAAAUGACCAGAGGCGUCGAGCACGCAUUGUGAAGGCUAUUUUGUCUGAACCAGAGCUCCUCGUACUUGACGAAUCUUUAACCGGCCUUGAUGUUAAUACUCCCCCAAUCUUGCUGAAUGUCCUUCGGUCACUGCAUGAGUCUCGCAGUCCACGCAUUAUCAUGGGUCUUAGGAUCCAGGACCCUGUUCCUGAGUGUAUUUCACACAUAGCUCUAGUGACGGGCGAAACUAUCCUGACAGGUGUCAAAGAUGAAAUCAUGUCCAAGGAUGCGGAACAUCACGCAAACGCAAAGGAAGCUGAGCAUAAAAUGGCAAGCACCACUCAGUCAUAUCUGCAGUCUGGCCUUGAUCAUGGAAAGCCAGUAGUUGACAUGAAGAAUGUAAACGUAUCAUACAGCCCACGCAAGGUAAAUUCUUCACUGUUUCCAUGUCAAUGAUGUAGUUUCGAUCCAGGUGCUCAAAAAUAUGGAUUCCCAUUAUAUAGGACAGCAUCAUUUCACAAAACAUUCUUAUUAGCGUCCAUAUUGAUGUACUUAUUAGCGUUAUUUAAUAAAUGUGCGCACACCAUGUGUAUUGACUUUCCUAGAACACCUUGCAAUCUAUUGGAGGGUAUCCCUACUAUCAGCAUCAGCCUCGGUAAGGGUAGCGUGGCUUUAU